UCAGUUUACAAGAGGAGCUCGUAGAGAUCAGCCCUGCAGCGAGAGGGUUUUUUUGGCAUUCUCAGAGCGUCAGAGGCGAGGAAGAGGCUGACGGGGAGCAGCCGCUGGACUUUGUGAGGAAGCCUGAGUGACUGGUUGGACAUUUCCGUGGCCACAUGAGAGAAUGCUGUCAGGACUGGCUCUGCUGCUGCUCAUCUGCCUCCACAUGCGUGUGCAGGGGAAGCCGCGGUCACAGGUAGGACCAAAUGCACCUCUGCUGGGUCCUGGAGGAACCUGGGAGAUUCCUGGGGGAUUCACACUAAUGCCUAAAAUCAUGGUUUAGUGGUAGCAUUGUAUGAUACACUGCAAGGAGCAUUUAACUUUGGGCUCUGUUUGCAUGCAUGACACUAAGAGACACUCUGCAUUGAUCAGGCUUGGGGAUUACAGAGGGUCUAAUUAAGACAUCUGAAUUGACAGAUUUAGAUGCAAGCAGGUCUGCUACUCAUUCCCAUAAAGUUUAUAGUGCUCUCAGACUGCCCUGGACAGUGUCACUCCAUAACUUGGAGCGUCACAAUCCUGUGGUCCAUCUAUUGAGUGGUAGUAUUUACAGUAUGGCUGUUUUUACUGGGGCUCUGCUUGGCCCCUGAGCGGUUUAUUUUUCCACAGCACAUUCACAGGGUACUUGUGGGAUUAGAUUUCCCUUCUAGUGGAAGACUCAGAGAGUCAGGCUUGUCCUGGGACUAUAAAGAUGCACUUGGAACUCUAUUAGGGAUUGACUGCAGGCCUGAAUUAGCCUGUCGCUGACUGUGGCUCAGCUCAGCUAGUCUCAGCUCACCUGUGUUUGCUGAUGAUUAAUGAGGCGGCUGUGAGGUGCCCUGAGGUUGUAAAUGCAAACUUGUAGAGUGCUAAGGUCUUGAUGAUGAGGUUUGUGCAAGCUUUAAAUGAGUUCACAAUACUUAGCCAUUCUUUUUAUAAUUGCACAAAAUGUGGGUCAAGAGUUUGUGUGGGAGAAGCAUCUUGGAUGUUGGAAAUAAAAAAAAAAAGCUGAUUAAGAAAGAAAAAUGUAGGCUUUGGGAAUCAAAUAUGCAGAGAAAACAAGAAUGUUUUUGCAGAACUUUUCAAGUUGAGAUUUUUCUAAAGCUGAGCCAGAGUAGUGUGCAGGCUUUUCUCAUUUCAACAAUUUAUUUCUUUUAUAUUGUACUAAUGGGAUAGUUGGAAGCACAAACACCUCCUUUAAACCAGAACUGAAAGACAGCCAGAGACCUAGGCGACCACAGACUGAAGACAUACCACACUGAGUAAGGAAACAUCGUCCAUUGUUGUAUUUGUAGAAGACCUCAGGGUCAUCUUUCUGUAGAGGUCUGUCUGGUAUUUGUUUUUGUUUGACACUGGCUUUCUCUUUUUCAUUAUAUGAAGUCUCCCAGGUCAUACUGUAUAUGAAAAAUGGAACUGUUUGAAAAGUUUUCCUUUUGCCACUCGGAGUUUGCACAUCUGUUAAAUGUGAUAAAAAUUAGCGAAAACCGAGAUUUUUAUGGUGUGACAUAAGCAUAAUUUUCUGGUGAGCUAAUGAUGCACAAAGAUAUACUUGUGGUAACUGGUUAAAACUGAUCCAUAGAUAAAGUAAUACUCUGGUACUGUCACUAAUAUGUUCAAACUUGGAGGCAAAAAGUUCAUAUUUGAACUGUAAUGAGCUGUUUGAAUUUACUAUAUAGUUUAUUGGCCAUCUGAGGUAGCUUGCCAUUUAAUCCAGCAGAGGGCGCUUUUAUUGUUACCUGACCAUGGCAUGGCACUCUUGACUCAAACAAACUGAUACAGUGAUUUUCUGCAGAAAUGGAGGAUGUUUGCAGCAGCUAGUGAUCCUGGGCGGACCAUAACAUCACAAAAAAAAAACAAAAAAACAGAAUGCACUUUGAGGAAGCAUUUUGGAUUCUGCUUCACAGAUAGUGAGACAAAAGACUAAGAUAGGGGUGAAUUGACUUUCUGUCUCACUCCUCAAAUACAGUACAUCUGUGGGCUCACCUGUAAGGCCAGCAGCAGAGGCACAGUGCUGAGCAUGCAAUAUCAGCAGGUUAUACUAGAACAGAUGGACUCAGUUCUGAUCAAAAUGUAGACUUCUAUUUCUGGUGAAUAAUAUUAAAAGAUUAGUCAGUAGACUGUUCAAAUUGCUUACAGGCUUUUGUUUUUUUGUUUUUUUAGUGGGGUUUUCAAUAAGUUAUUGAAAUUCUCCUCAGUUGUCUACUUUGACAUUUUCUUUAACAUAAGACCUUUUCGUUUUAUGUCUUACUGGGCUGGUAUUUUCAUUAUGUUGUGCUGUUGUUAAUAAAACCACAAAAUGAUGUGAUAUAGAUGUUAAGUGUGUCAGUACUGUGAGAGUGGGGUAUUGAAAAUAUUUUAACAUCAGCAUGUCAUGUUUGAUAUUUAUUGGAACUUUCUCUCUUUUUAAAUUGACAGCCCUAGAAAGUCAUUAUGGAGAAAGGAGAGUUUGUGAUUUGGGUCAGUUAGACCUCAAGACAAGACCUCUCGAGCAAAUUUAACAAAAUAUGUAAACAGCAAAGAUAAUAAACGCAAUAUAUGGGAUGUUUUGAUAGAAAAAUGUACUCCUUAUUGUCGAUUAUUUCCAAGUGUAUGCUUAUCUUGCAAUGUUAAGGCCUGGCAGAGUCACUCUAUUCCCAAAACAGUGUGUCCAAAUCAGAGCAGUGAUGUCAGGAGAAACCGUAUGCAUCGUAUGCUGUAGAUCCACUGAGCUCAAUGCUAUUUCUGAGUGUUUUACAAGCAUGGGAGCCUUUAACAAGACGCUCUGGCCUUCUUGGCGGGCUGUGAGGGCAGUUUGUGGGGUGCAUGAGGCCUCUUUUUACUGUGGGAUCAAAGGUCUCGCCACUCAUACCUACGUCUCUCUUCACCACCGGGCUACAAAUCUUAUAAUGUUUGCUGCUUUAACAUUUGUAGGAAGUUUGGCAUCCUGUAUAAAACCUGAUUUCAACUUUCGAACCACUGGGCCUGUAAUACAAUACACAAGACAAAGUGCUUCUCUAACAGUGAGAGGAGCAAACUGCAGAGUAAUACAAAGUGUACUCUUUUGAAACCGCUACAACAGACUCUUGUUUUGUCCUCAGCUCGCUCGUCUCUUCCUUUGUUGCCGUGAAGAACCACAGCCUGUCUGUGUUUCCAUGUCGGUUUGACACAUGUUGCUAUGAUUUCAUGAAAUGCUCUGUUGUGGAGAGCGGAAAACUGAGUGAUUACUAUCCAAAACACCAGAACUUGUGUUGCUAUUUGUGGUUAAAAACCACGGUUAGUCCGCUAAAUUUUGUUCCAGUGAUAACAGCGCCAGAAAUUUAACUGGAGGGAAAGAAACAAAUUGAAUUAAUCUGCUGGCUUUUGGUUAAUGGUCACAUCUUCCAUGAACAAAAAACUAAACUGUCUUGCUGCUAUCUGAUUUGAAAGGCUGCAAAUUCACUUUUGAUUAUCCAAGUAAUAUUGUGUUUAUACAUUUAUUUGAUGAAGUGCUUUAAAACGUUUAUAAGGUAGAGACAGAUUUCUUAACACCCCCUCUUUAAAGCUGCCAAAACAGUUUCCACAAGUGAAAUACAAUAGUUUCUCAUAUUUUAGGACUAUAAACACAAGUUAACUAUGGCAUUCAUAAUAGACAGAGAGCAAAUUUACUCCAGAUUCUUUGUAAAUGUUAGAACUAUCAGAGCUUUGUUUCAGGCAAAGUUUGGCAGAAGUGUCCCUCUGCAAGGUGACACUGAAGACUGUGUGGUAACAACCUCUGGAUCAGUAAUGCACUCUCACCCGAAAAGCAAUCUUCCAGUCUAUUUCAGUCAUCAUGCAUGUAACUCCAUUUUUGGGCAAAUAAAAUUUGCAGUUGAAACACUUGGAAAGCUCUCAUGAAAACCAGUUGGUCUAUAAAGCUUUAAAGGUGGCCUUAAAUUAUUAUCAGCAUUGUGGGAGCUUUCAUAAAGACAUUUAUUAUUACCUCAGUAUCCAUUUCUCCCAAUAUAGACAUGAAUUUUUCUUUUUUGCCAAAGCAGGUCAACUACUUAAGCAAAUACUAGCUUUAUGCUGUUGAUUCAAAAUACAAACUCUUUACCUCUACACCUCACAGACAGACACAUACUUGACCAAGGAAAUGCAUAUCCAGUAUCUUCAUCCGAUGACUUACAGCAUUACAGUGUGGAGGUAAGUCUUCCUACUGUAAUAAGUAAGAAAAUCUGACCCAGAUCUUUUCACUCUCACCCUGUUCUCCUAAUUCUUACAGUGUUUAAAGCAGUAUCAACACAAUUUAAAAAUACUUUGUCACAGUUUGUCACAGGGGCAAACGUGAAUAGAGAACACAACCAGUCAACCAAGGUAAUGAGCUAAUAAAUGUUAGUGUUACUGAAGUAAGAUGACAGCUGUAGUUUACAGCAUUAACAGGGUACAUGCACUCUAACCAGUUUCUCACAUGCUUGCUUUUGUAUUUACCUUCAGUUUUAGAGGAGAGACUCUACCCUUCAGUCUUUUAAAGUCUAGAGUAUUUUACUACAGCAUCAUAAAUAUCACCUGAAGAUACAGAGAGAUCAAACUUAGGAGACCUGCAGCUUUACUUACAGCUGCAAAACCUCGGUUAAACAGUGUUAGAAGAGCAACCUGCUUAGUAUACAAUUUUUUUUUUACUACUCCACUAACACUGAACCUUGUCAGAACCGCUGAAAUAGUUCACUACCGGUUUCAGAUAUUUUAUAAGACUGGGCAAAAAGUUAAGUGAAAUAAGUAAAACAGUUCUGACUGCUCUUCCCUCAGCCUUGUAUCGUAUUACAUCCCAGGAGGGACUUAGUCACUGACUCUGACUCAGCUCUAUGUGAAGUAGUCAGAGGCUGAUUCCACGGGCUGACAUUUCCUGCACCCAUAAAAUAAAACAGAAAAGGACACUGUCAUCACUCUCUCUGCCUCUUAAUCUUCCUCUCACUCUUCCUCUCCCCCUUGCGGGUAUUUGCUCCAGAGUCUGUAUUGAUUCAUUAUGGUGCUGCUUUUAAUAUUGACAUGGAACAAUCCCCUACUGAUGAGCCAAGAGAUGUGAGUCCAUGUUGCUGCUCUACUAGUAGUUUGUCAUAGUUUAUAAUAAUGCACAGUGUGAAACAGACAUAGUGAGCUGGUGACUGUUGCUCACCUGUGUGUGACACCUGCACAUAGUGCUGGGCGAUUGGACGAUAGAUAUCGUGGGCACGAUAGAAAAUGUCUAUCGUGCCAUUUUUUAUUUUUAUCGUUUCGGGCGAUAGGCUGUAUUUUAUCCAUAGGGCUUGUGCCAUCAGAUGAUUCAUAGUAACAACAACAAUAAUUGAACAUUAAGUAAGUGUAUUUGGUGUCAAACGGGAAAGAAAACAGUAUUUCCUUACAAAGAAAAGGAUGCGUUGACAUGUUGGCUCGCAUUUCUCUUUCGAUUUUGCGACAUGACACCGCUUUACGUGCCCUCUUCGUGUCCAGCGUCUCCCGCCGUUGCGGGUUACCUGGGUUACACACGUGAGGGGACCAUUGUAAGCAGUGCUUUAUUUGUGCCGGAGCAAGUCGGAGCGCGAUCCGGGACCUCUUUUGAUCGGAUCCGGGACCUAUUUCAGCCGCUCCGGCACCUGUUUUAUGUGCUCCGGGACCUUCCCUGUAGAGGAUGACAUUUUUCGGGGAUUCCCCGUGGUCACGUGAUUCCCGCGGGAUGGGAGUCAUUUUUUAAUUAAUCCCUUGAUCGGGACAGGACGGGAAAAAAAACAACGGGAGUGGGCAGGAGCGGGAACUUCACUGUCUCAGUUUAUAGGUUUUAUAGAAAACAUACUUUCCCCCCACACUGAUUCACUUGGGUUACGUUAUAGGCAACAGAAGUUCCUUUAAUGUCUGUAAACCAGAUUUUGGAAAUCAUUACCAGUAGUAAAUGUGAUCUGAGUUAUAUCCUGUGUAAUCCUGAAAGGAAAUUUCUCUCAUAUUUCGUACUCAACAGGAUGUACAGUCAGCUAUCGAGUCACUUUAUUAGUAAGUUUGUCCCACAUGAACUUUCUGGAGUCGUGGCGAAUCAAAUCACCUUACCUGUCUGCCCCUGAUAGGCGAAUAAAGCGCUCGGAUUCAUGCUCGGGUCUUCCCACGUGCUUCAAGAGUAAAGUAAACAAUGAUGGAGGCAUAGAGCAGCUUUGGAGGAGAAACAUCUAGCAGUGUGAACAACCUCUUCAAAAGAGCCCUAAAGACCUACCUUUUUAAUAAAGUCUUUGGUUAGUUUUCCUCUAUGCUUUUACUACCUUGCCUCUUACAUUGCAACUCUAUAUUUUUUAUUUUUUUAAUUCUUUUUUUUAUGCCAAUCUGUGACUGUCAUUCUAUUGCUUUUUUAUUGUUGCUGCUCUUUUUUUAUUGUGUACUGUAGCACUUUGAGAUUUUUUGUAAAUGUAAAGUGCAUUACAAAUUAAAUUUAUUAUUAUUAUUAUUAUUAUUAUUAUGGAGUGCUUUGGCUCACACUCGGCGUUUUCUGUGAGUGUUGCAUAACUUUGGGUGAGCACAGACAUGAACGCACUUCAGCCACGUAUUUAUUUAUUCAUUUUUCUAGUUUUAAGUGCUGGUCUUGUACAGGUACUAGUGCAGCUGUAUACACUUACAUUUUUCAUAGAACUGAAAGCAUACCAUAGCUAUAUCGUGAUAUAUAUCGUUAUCGUGAUAUAAAAUGAUCCAUAUCGUGAUAUACAUUUUUUCCCAUAUCGCACAGCACUACCUGCACAGAUCUCCUCUGAUUCUUGUUGCACCACAUCUUAAUUUUUCUCUUGUGGUCAUUAUUUCUCUUAAUCCGGUCUUUUCCUGAUGCCUCUGAUGCCCAAAGGGAUUAGAAUUAUAGUUCUGCUCUUCUGCUGUCUAUAAGUAAACCGAUCCACAUCUGUUGAUGGUGAAUUUAAGCUUAAGUGGGUGGACUUCCUCUUGUUACAGUAGAUCCAGUUAUCUAUAUAUCAGGCGGAAAUUAACAUAAACUUAAUAAAAAAAUUACUCUGGAAGACACUUCACUGUCUCAGUUUAUAGGUUUUAUAGAAAACAUACUUUCCCCCCACACUGAUUUACUUGGGUCUCCUGCAUGUUGUCCUUCACGUUAUAGGCAACAGAAGUUCCUUUAAUGUCUGUAAACCAGAUUUUGGAAAUCAUUACCAGUAGUAAAUGUGAUCUGAGUUACAUCCUGUGUAAUCCUGAAAGGAAAUUUCUCUCAUAUUUCGUACUCAACAGGAUGUACAGUCAGCUAUCGAGUCACUUUAUUAGUAAGUUUGUCCCACAUGAACUUGAUGGCAGUGUGGCUCCCACAGAUACAGCUGUGUUUGAAGUGCUGACUGAAGUAAAAGCAGCGCCGCCCACCCCCCACUCAUUAAAACUAGCUCAAGAUCCACAGCAUCCCUGCAUGUGGGAGGCAGAUGCUGGUAGCCUUGACGACCACAGUGUGAGCUUUAGAUGAAAAAGAGGGGAUGUUUUAUCCAGAUAUAAUCUUAUUUCUUCCCAAUAUGAACCCUAUCCUGAGUCUGUUUUGAAUCAAAUUCUUACUCUAGUUUCUUCUCGUCAGAUGUUUGUAAGAUCCCAAUAAUGCCAUUUCCAGACGCAGCAUCUUGUUGUGAGGUCACUUCCACUAUAAAUUCUUUGUCAUUGGGGUGAUGUUACCUCUAUUUUCUCGACCUGGAAGCCAAACUAUGGCUAAUUACAUUUCCAGAUGAGCUUCUGUGUCACAGCUGACUAAGUCAUGAUAACUUUAUUGGCCACUCUCCAAAGAACAUUAAAACUUUUCAAUGUGUAAAUAGCUGCAGAAAUCCCCAACGUGCUCACUAAACAGCCCCCCUUUAACCCCACACUCAUAAAUAUGUUUUGAAAUACGGCCCAGUAUCCAUCCUGGGAAACAUUUUUACAGUAGUAGGAGUAUAGAUCAUGGCAUGUCUUUGUUCCCAGAGGUUAACCACAAGGAGGUACUCCAAUGAUCCAUGAGCUUCAACUCACCAAAAUACAAACAUUGGAAAUGAUCUCUUCUUUUAUACGGGACUCUGAUUAGUACAGCAUAUUUUAAGAUGGAUUGACAUGUUUCAAAAGAGUCCAUGUCCAACAGUUAUUUCUCUUUUGCUUCUCUGUCUGUGAUGAGUAAGAGAGCUGAGUGGGAAAUCUCUGAGACACAGGUUAGGUUUGGGUUGGAUCUGAGCCUCAGCCAACGUGGGAUUCAUGUGGAUUCAGUCUUUGGGGGAGGGCUCAACCACUGCGCUGUCUCCAGACUAAGAAAAUAUCCUUUCAUCUGCAACUUUUUUUAAACCCUUUUUAUUCAUAAAGACCUUCUGCAUAACAUUUUAGUAUUUUUGUAUGCAGACAUGCAGACGGGUCAGUUGUUCUGUGCAGGGCUGUCAGGCCAGUGAAUCAUCAUUUUCAGCUUCAACUACCGUCAAAAUCUGCUUUUAUACAGAGAGAAAUCUACGUUUUUUUCACAAAUGAAAUCCUUUGAUGUCUGGGUUGUCCUUGGAACAAACAGACGUGGUAACAUAAGUGUGGACCUUUGGUAAGAGCUGGGUGAAAUGUGAUGGUUUGAUCUUGACUUGAGUAAAAGACAGAAGGUCACACAAACUUUGUUUGCGUUCGCGUUUGUUCAUCAAAGAUUCUGUCAGCAAUAUGACACGGUCUUGAAACUCAUCAGGCAUCGCUAAAAAACUUUGGAGCUCUUGCUUUAACUUCCAGCCAAGACGCCAUAGUCUGUGAGCAAUCCCUUUUUUUGCAGUUCACCUAACUACUUGAGACAACAACAGAAAUAAACACUAUGUGUGACAGAAGAAUAUGAUCAUAGACUGUAUUCUGUACUCUGGACAACUUGUAUGCAUUCUGCAGGAGAGUCACUGUGAUGACGCUCGGCUCAAACAGCGUAUCCCCUGGGUAAGCUACGCAAUCUUUGUAUGCCCAUAGGCUGUAUCAAGUGUCAAUCAUAGAAAACAUGAACCCCCUAAUAACGAGUCUUACAAAAACUACAUGUCAACAUCGCAAGCAAGGGGGGGGGGGGGGGGGGUAUAUAUUCUGUGUAAUUAAUUUCUAAAGUUUGUCCAUAGGGAUUACUGAAGGAGGUGGGAUUUAUGACCUAUACUACAGCCUGUCACCAGAGGGUGCUGUUCUCAGAGUGGCUUCACCCAACGAGUAGGCAGACGGCGUCCAUUCUAUGUACAGUCUAUGAAUAUGACACAAUGAGCAAUAGGUGGCCACGAAAACAAUAGUGUUUAAAUACAAUCAUAUUGUGAAGACUGAUAUAUCCCUAGAAAACCAUGUAAUGCCAGCUCACAUCAUGAUAUCUGAUUAACUGAAAAAGGCAAAGUGCAGGAAUCAUGUGUUUUCAAUGACAUGACAACAGUAAAGUUUACUAUUUCUCUCUACAACUACAAACCUAAGUAGAUGAAGCUAUCAAUGAGGCUAUCAUAGUCUCUUUACACCGACUUUCAUGGUUGAUGAUAGGAUGGUUGGUGCCGGUUGAUGUAUGAAUGUAUAAUGUAUAAAAUGUUUUUAUGUUACAUUUAAACUGGAGCAGGUGUGUUAAAACUUAAACUAAAUGAAUGCAUCUAACUAACCGUUUGAAGGAUAUGAAAGACAUGAGCAGGUAUCAAAUGUAAAUCCUCGUAUGGUAUGUUUCACACAGAUCUUCCUUUCUGAAGUGUGUAGUGUUGAAACAGCUGUCCACAUCGUAAUGCUGCUGAUGCAGUGAUUGCAUCAGGCACUGUGAUUCAGCCAUCAGCAUCUGCUGGUUUCAGUCUGUCAGUCUCUGGCCUCACAUGUGUCUCAGCUGCAGAUUAUUCUGUCUCAGAACCAUGAACACCUGCUGAGAGAAACAGGUGCUUUUCCUCCCUAUCAGACACUUAUGUGGUAUUUUCAACACACUUCAUGUUUCAGGUUUCAGAGACAGCUUGUUUGGCAUCCCUGUUGGGGCAAGACGCCAGUCAACUACUGUUUAACACUUGUAUUAAUGUAAUUUGAGUAGUUAAAACACAUUUAAAAAAAACAAAAAACUAUCAGCCCAGUCAGAGAGUGACCAACGCCUAGUAAAUCUGUUAACCGGGUCGUUGUGAGAGGAGAACUGUCCAAGAAAACCUCAUGAAAGGUUUGAACCUCUGCAAAACCAACAAAGUUCAUGAACGGCAAACAAACCCAGUCACGCACUCCUUUGCUUUGCUCUGAGACAUUCCAGUAUCAAGUUUAACCUUUUUUCCACCACAUGGAAAACUUAAUUUAGCAGAGAGGAGUUCAAGCCUGCAUGUUGUGUCUACCACUGCUGUGAAUUUCAAGCUCGAUAUCAUUCGAAGCUUUACUCACAUUUGCAUUCCUAGUGUGAAGCCAAACAGCAGACCUCCUACAUGGUUAAAAGCGGUGUUAUUGCAAUGAAACUGUGUAACAUCAUGCAAAAGUUGUCUGGAAAACAUUUAGAGCCUGUGCAACAAUAUAAUAUUAAAUUGUAAAUGUUCAGUGUCAAGGAGCGAUACAAAUGUCUGAUAUUUACAACAGUUGACCACAGCCCCUCUGAUGUAUGUUCAGACAGUCAUUGUCUGCCUCUAAAUCUUUAUCUCAGUGACGAGUCAACACUGUACAUGAAAGAGUGAUGACAGACUAGAGAGGAUUUAUACUUUUAUGCUUGACAGAAAGAUCAAGAUCUGGCCUGAAAUAUGGAGUUUCAUUUUGUGGUGUCAAUGACAUUCUCUUCACUGAAAAUCGUCACUUAUGGUUGUCACGAGAUGUAUUCAGAACAUUAUUACAUAAUAUAAAAACAAUAUAUUUCUUUUGGUAGUCAGUUCACCCCUUCAAAGCUGCACCGAUUCACAUUUCUGUAUAACAAUCAGAGAAUUAACUAGUUAUUAUCUUAAAAGUGUUACAUACAGUUGUACACCACUCUACAGUUCACCUGUAAAAAGGUGUUUUGGGGUCCUUUAGCUUAUUGUUUUGAUUUCACAAUUUGCAACCCCUCCAUUUCUGUUCACGUCCAAGGGUCUCACCAACCUCAUCAGGAUCAGACUGUUGUUUCCAGUAGAAACCCUCUUACAAACUGAAAACCUGCAUACCCAGAUGUAAGAAAAUGGUAAUCCAGGAGAGUAAGCUUCUGUCUUUUGAAUACGGUUCAGAGACAGAUAUUGAUGUAUCUUAAAUCAGUGUUCAUAACAACAUCCCUUCUCUUUAAAGCUCCUGUAAUGAGUCAGUAGGUUAUGAAAAAAGACCAAAAUAAAAAGUAAUGUAUCUCAGUGAUGUACAAAACCAAAUAAGACCAUUAAUGGCAAGAUUGACAAUUUCCACACUGUAAUGUGUGAUGCCUGUAACGGCUCUGAGGGAGUAUGUGCACUGGAGAGAGAGACGUAGUUACUUUUCUCAGAGCAAAUGUUCAUGAUGGGAGAUUAAUAUUUGUCAGCAACAUUUAACAGGAGGAGCUUUUUGUGCCAAUAAACAUCCCUUCUAUAAAGAUUAGGCAAAAUCAGCAAAUAUAUAUGGGUCCCCACUUUGUCCACAGGGGGCGCCAAAGACUUAUUAACAUAGAGGAUAUUCAAAAUAUUAUCUUGAACCUUUGGUUUUGAGGUUGAUUUUUUACCAGUCAUUGUUAAAGAAAAGUCACAGGGGAGAGGAUGUUGUAAAGGUGCUGCUUCUGUUUUCUGCACACGUUAAAAAUGAUUAAAAAAAUAAUAAUAAAAUAAAAAAUCACCUGUUUUGACUUUACUGUGAAUGACAAUGUUUAAUGUAAUGUAUAAAAAUAAAGCAGGCUAAAAUGAGCAUUUGAACAUGACAAACAAUAUUAGGUUAAUAAUAAUUUGAAAAGUAAGUUGGCUGACGUGAACACCUUCAAAAUUGAGGGAUGACUUUUUAAGCUGCAUCAUUUUUUUAAUCAACAAAAUCUUUUUCUUGUAGUUGUAGUUUGCAGUUCUUUAGGACCCCGCUGCUUUAGGUCAGGGUGAGGCUUUCCGUUUUGCACUAAAUCAAAGUUCAAAGUUACUUCAUUUUUGUCUGAUAAUGAUUAUUCACUGAUAUUUCUCACUUUCUUUCUCAUGUUUGUGAUUUUCUAUUUUGGUUCUCAACAUUGGAUCUCAUAAGUAAAACUUCCUAUUCUAGUAUUUUGCCUUUUUACUCAUCAACAUAGCAUUUUUUCUUAUCUAAAGACAGUAACAUUUUUUGUCUCAUAACUAUGGUAAAAAUAUCCUUCUUAGUGUUUAGGGGCUCAUAUUGCACAUUAUUGCAUUUCUUGAUGUAACCUUGACUGUAAAAGACCACUCUCUUAUUCUUACAUUGACUGUGCCAGAAGCCUUGAAACAGAGGAAGUGGGAGACUUAGGAGGUUAAGUAAAAUAAGUGGAAGCUAAUUCCUUUUAUUUUGAAGGUCCCUGAAUUCACAUGACCCCAGAUAUUACUAGAAGUGACUUGUUUUCUUUUCAUUGAAGCAACUUGCACGCUCAAUUUAAAUAUCCUUAAAAUCUCUGCUUACCUGAUGGCUAAUAAUGAAAACUCUGACCUGUGUGAGUCCACACUCAGUGUCAGUAUCACAAUGUUUAGAGUCUCUGCUUGGUGAAAUGCCAGAAAUUCACCUCUAAAACGAUCAAGUCACUGUAGGUGUUGACAUUAUUGAUCUGUGGGCCUCUUAGAGAAGCUGAAACUCACUUCUUAUGGUGUCUGUGUCUAAUUCUGAAAGUCUUGUUGUUUCUCUUGGAGAAGGAUAAAUGUGUGGUGACAAGUGGCUUUGGCUCUGCUUGAGUUCAGGUUGUUACAUAAACUCUGCAAUAUGAUGACUUGAACCCGGCUGCACUGAUUUACUUUAAGAUUAAGUUGUUUUCAGAGUUUGUGGGUUGACUGGGAAUCGAGUCCAACGUCCUGACACUUGUAACCGUUUCCAGAUGAAGCCACUUUUUUAAAUCCUGUCAUAAUUCCACUGAAAACAGGGUGAUUUCCCUCACCAGAUGGCAAGGGCCACCCACUUAGGGAAGGUGGAAAAAAUCCAAGUAACUAGUUAAAUCUCCCAAACUAAUCCCUCUCUGAUUAACCACAGUGACAUUUCAGUUUGAGCCUCAGAUUUAUUGUGGUUUCCUCUGAGCUCUGGCUGUGUUCAUCUGUCCUCACACCAGUGGCACCCCAGCUUGAAGGGUUCACAGUGAAGGUCACAUUUUGUUGGAGCAGUCUGCAGGGUAGAUGUGACAGUUUGGGGGAUUAUUCAGAGGCAGAUUAUGAUGUUACUGUUGGUGCAGCGGGCUGCUGAGAGGCUGAAAAGUUUGUCCUGACAGUUUUGUGAUUGUUGUACUGCAGCUGUCCGGAUCACUCUGUAUCAAGUUGUCCCUAAACCCUCUAAUGCUGCCUGUGUUGUAGGCAUGAAAAAGAUCUUGACUUCUCCUGUAACUCAAGAAGACAGACCUGGUGUUUUUAUGUCCACAGUCAUAUGAUAUCAGUUUGAAAAAUUAGAUUUUGGGUCCAUAAAUUUCUUACAUACGCUCCACUCCUUCAUAAAUACAUCUCUAUUCAGACCAUUUCCCAUGCCAAAUGGCCACAGAUAACCUCUCACCAUGUCAGCAUCUGUUUUAUGAGGGGAACAUUUUCUCCUUUUUCAGGCACUCUCUGUCUCGCUGUAUAAUGGUGUUGUUUUAGUUUGAAUGGAUUUAUAGUGAAAAAGGAGACGUGGAGGAGAUAUUUGUUGGUCGUCGUGUCAUUAAUUCUCCUUCUUGACUGCUUUUUUAUUUGUUUUCCAUGGUGGACUCGUUGUAGCUUUUCAAAAUAUCCCAAGAUGUGUUUUAACGCAAAUUAUGCGCUCCAUUUUUGCUGCAGUGUUUUCCCUUGUUGGUAAAGUGAGCUCCUGAAUUUCAUCCUUGGAAGUUAUCAUGUUAUGUUUAAUGAUUUUUAUCCAGGCUUUAUCCAGCCCCAUGCUGCUCUGCAACUCUACUCCACAGCGACCACAGAGGCACUCUGUCUUUGUAUUAUUUUUUCACUGCUCUUAUAUGUAGUUAGCUGCUCUUUUCUCUCAUCACUUAUUUCCUGUGUGGAAGGACCCACCUCAUGUUUGUUUUGGCCCAGGUGGUGUUUUGGCACGGAGCUGAAUGAGCUGCUACUGGUGUGAAAGAGUCAGACUCUACUUAUGAGUUCAAGCAAGUGCUUUUUUUUUACCCCUCCAUGCAUUCUGCUAUACAACUGCAAGUCAGCUGCAGGUACAGGCAACCCAUGGAGAUAACCAUUAAGCACUUCCUGUCGCAGUGUUUAUGUCAUUUAUCUUUGCAGUGAGGUUUGGCACCUUUGGAUGCUGUGCUAAGCUAAAAGCCAGCUCUCUCUGUGGGAAAUACAUCUGCAUUACAAGAAGAGUAUGUCAGCUCUAGUCUGGGAAUCCACAUGAAGCUCAAGCAGGAGAUGCAAGCUGAGCGUAAGGCUCGUAGAUUGGCUGCAAUCCAAUCCCAGAAAGAUCCCCCCUAUGAUAUGCGCUCUGUUGGUUUCCUUAUUGGCAGCUGUGGUCAGUUUGGGACCUAACCUGGCACCACAGCCAUAACCACAGCCCAGUUUGUUUGAGCGUAUGGUGCCUCAGCGGGACCGCUCUUGGCUGCUCCACCACCUGUUUGCACAGCGAGUUGCUUUUACUGCUGGUUUGAGUGAAUUUAUGGACUGCUGAUUUUAACUGUUCUAUUUUUACAGUGCCCAGGUUUCCUGUAAUGCAUUUCCACCAGUGUGGCACAGAAAACUCACACCCUUGGGCUGCAGGAAGGAAACUGUGGGAUCAGUUCAAAGACAGUCACACCAAAAUGAGGCCUCCUGAUGAGUUACAUGAAUCUUCCUGUGUCCUUUGUUGUUUUGGUCAAGAUUAAAUGAAUUAUGUUCAUGUUUCCAGAAUAACUUGAGGUCUAUGUAUAAGUUUUAUUAAUGCAUUUACAGGUAGAUAAAGUGAGAUGUUCACCAUGACAUAGCUUUGCUCUGGUAAAGGUAAUAAACAGUUAAUAUAGCAGGGCAUGCUAACAGGGGUUCUGUUGAGUUGUGUUACCUUUUCAAUAACAGCUACCAUGACACAAAACAAUAAAAUAGUAAAUGAAUUCUGCAAAGAACUCUGAGGCCUGUUAACAUUUAAUUUAAAGUAUUCAUGUCAUCCAAUCAUCACACAUUACUAUAUUCCUGAGCAGACACUGCUGAGGGAGCUUUAUUUUUUAGGUGACCCUUAAAACUUGUUUUUUUUCCUCUCAUCUUGUCUCCACAAGGCACUGCAUCCAAAUCCAAGAUGAGAUCAGAUCAUGUCUUUUUUCCUUCCUGAUACACAGUUCAAAGUUUGUAAUGAGACGCUCAUUUUUCAAGAUGCUGCCUGCUUUCGAAAAGGUUUCUAGUUGCUGGUUUGAUUUGGCUUAUUGGCCAAACAGGUUUCUUAUUGGUGUGCACCAGGUGAGAAAAAGUCAUCAAAUAAUAAUAAUAAAAAGGUAAAUUGACGCAGUGAGAAUUUGUACAGGUGCGCUUGUUGCAGGUAAAUGAUUGGUUUGUCAAGGAAAUCAAACAGUGAUGUGGUUGUUUGUCCUGAACUGAGCCUACAGUUUAUUUUUCAUCUGAAAAUUUAUGAACUAAGAUUCCUCCACAGUUUUCGGUCAGUUUGCUCACCAUUUACCUUACUGUCUCUAUUUAGUCACACAAAAUAAGUCCAUCAACAAAUAUUUGGUGUCAGUAUAACAUUUCAAUCCCUGUUUUGUGCCAUUAGGAAUAAUUUAUAAACACACAUAUUUAAGAAAUCUCACACAGCAUUUUUAUUGACUGUUUGUAUUCCUACUUUUUUCCCUGUUUGGUUCAACAAACCCUUCAAAUGAACUUUUUGAUUCGUCUAAACACCAGUAACUUCACACUUCUCACCCUGACUCAUUUUUCUUAUUUGUCCACAGAGUCUAGGCUGCGAUGACUAUCUGGGAUCAGGAAAGGUGAUGGACAAGUGCGGCGUGUGUGGAGGCGACAACACAUCCUGCAGGCUGGUCUCUGGACUGUUUAGACACAGUUUUUCCAAGAUCGGCUAUCACAAGAUAGUAGAGAUCCCAGAGGGAGCCACCAAGAUCAACGUCACGGAAAUGGUGAAGAGCAGGAACUACCUAGGUGGGAGAAACACUCUUACAAUAUUAAUGCUAAGCUUAACACAGUUCUGAUUUCAGAUACAAAUGAGUUCAAUAUGAGGUAAACUGAGGAUGGUUUGUCAUUCUCUGUCUUACUGACUGGCUUUGUGGUUCCCUUUGAAGUAUUAUUUCACUUAAUUCAAGGCAAAGUGAUGCUUUAAGUCCAGAUAAAUGUCUCAUUUUUUGAAAUUUGCUUCACAAUAGUAUUAAUGUGUCAUUUAGUUGUCAAGUUCCUGGAAUUAAGAUGCUAUUUUUCAUCAUCAACAUGCAGAGAAGAGCCUUUAAAACUUGACAAAAGAAAGAACAGAAAAAAUACAAACAGCCAAAACAGGAGAUAAUAGGAGGCAAAAUAAUACAGAAACAAAACAAGACAUUAUUCUUACACUAAGAAACUUUACAAAUCAGAUUUGCUCGUUUCAUUAGCAGAUUAUUAAGUCAUUUCAAGCUAUUCUAGUCCCAUUUUAUUCUUGUAAUUUCUUGACAUGUAUCUGGACUCCUCAUGUGAGUGUGGCAUAUAAAAGUGAACUCAGAUGUUUUGAAGUUUAGAGUUUUUUCUGUUUUCAACGUUGGUUAAUGAUUUAACACUAAACCACUAACAGACCAAAACCUGAUGUAACUCCAAACUGAAAAUAUCUUUUCAAUAAUGUUGUUGAAUUCAAGAUGUUGAUGCUAUGCCCAUGUGACAGAAACAAAUUUUGAGCAGGAUGGAAGUCUCUCAAAAAUGUGAAAAUAAUAAUAUCCCUUUGGUAUCCAUUAGUUUAAGAGAACAAACCUUUCUUCAAGCUUUGGUCCCUAAAUGGUUUGAGCAGAGAGCAAAACUGGAUAAUGAAAUCAAUCUUCUUUUGUUUUUCUGCUUGAGGUAUUUUUAGACGUGAAGCUCGGCUGUCUUUGCUGGAGAACUCGUGGCCUGUCACAGCUAAUUUAACUUUCUCUUAGAAGUUCAAGGGCUCAGGUUUUUAUCCAGUUUUAUGGUCUCAUCAUUUGCUGUCCACCUUUGUCUGUAUUCCAGCUCAGGAUUAAUGAAGAAUAGAUAAGAAUGUCUAUCAUCUCCCUGUGGUUUUGUGGCCCCAUUCACGUGUGCAGUAAACUUUUCAGAGUUGGGCUGCAAACAGUUGAAAUGUUAAGGGGAUAUUCUGUGUAAAAUUAAGUUAGGGUCCACCACACCUUAACACCGAGUUAAACACCUCCUUAAGAGAUGAAUGUUGUCAACCGCUUGCUUCUCUAGUUAUACCAGUUUUAGUAUCGACCGCACAAUCGCAAUACACAGUGGUCCAAACACAACUUACCCAAUCUCUUCCAGCAGCCGCUUGUUUGAGGGGGGAGCCCUGACGAGUCGAUCGAUGGAGUGCAGGGGAUCAUCCCUUUAAGUAAUAAUCAUAAUAAUCAUUUUGCACUGCAGACGCGGUAGUUCUUCUGCCUUAGCGUCUCGGUCUGAUUGCAUUUCCACAAAGAAAUGAUCAUAAAUGUUCUUCCUUGAGCUGCGAAACUCUUUGUAUUGCUAUCGUGCGAUCUAACUAGGUGUUGUGGUGUGUUUGACCCUAACUUAAUUUUACACCAGAAUAUCCCUUUAACUCUAUUAUUUUUGCCAGCAGCCCAGUGAAAUUUCUAUUUAGGUAAGUUGAUUUGGACUGCAGCAGAUAGUAUCAAGUGUUGGUAGUAAUAGUAGUAGUAGUUUUAGAUUAGUAUUACUGGUAAGUAUAAGUGAGGGGAGCAUGCUUUGCUUUAAAAUCCUUAAGAUUUCAGGAGAAGCGUACCUCCAUAGACUGAAAUCCUCCAUCAAAUGAUGAUUCCAGUGGUGAAAAGCACCCAGGAUUUGGGCCUUAUGUAGAUCAUUAGAUGGCACAUUUAGGUAGAAAAACACUUUGAACUUGGACCAGUAACAGGAUAAAAAAAAUAAUAAAAAAACAUGAUGAGACUGCCUUAAACGUUUUUCUGCAGCUCUACACUAUGAUCUAUUUUACCCAUAUGCUGAUAUGUUACUGUGGAUAUCUCCAGUUUCUCAUCACACUGACAUGCUGCAUAAGCAAAAACAAGUGUCAAGGGGGGUUUGCACAAAAAAAAAAUAUCCAGUAGACAACUGUAAUACUGUUGCAUCUUGUUCCUGUACAUGAAAAGAGUAUUUUUUGAAAACCGAAACCAUAUGCUUCAUAUUCUUCUUUGUGGGCGCACUUUUCAGUGGUCUUUCAUAACAAAAUCAUAUUGCCACCUACUGUCCUGGCAACCACUCUAUUGAUUUGGGGAUCUGUGUACAAGUGUUUUUUUUUUGUUUGUUUUUUUCAAAAAGUUGUACAAACACAGAUUUUUUUUUUUUACAUUAAAAGAGACAACUUUUAUUUUAAAUAGGGCUGUUCUUGUCUGAAGAUUUAAUGAACUUUGUUUUCGUCCCUGGCGCUCACGCAGAGGUGAAUUUAUGGACGACAGACCCAUAUCCAGGGAUUGAAAUGGAAAAAUAAGGAAAAUAAGAAAUUAAGAACAACAUAGAGGAUUAAAAAUUUACGUAUCAGCAAUUUCGAUGUUAAACGCUAUGACCACAUUUGUGUCAUUUGACUUCAUGAGCUUAUGAGUAUUAGAGAAAUUCCUGAAGUGUAUAUCUGAAAACAGCUGAUGUUACAUCUUUAAGUCUGCAAUUAGUGAGAAGAAGAUCCGAGUCCAUUUACAGGAUGGUAAUUUGUUCAUUUUUUUUAUGAAUGUCUAAUUUCAGCUGUUCUGCUGAAGCUGCUUGUGGGAUUGAAUCAUUUGUCCAAAAGCAGAUCACAGGGGGUGGUGUCACUUGUUCAGAGUCUCUCCAGCGUGCAGCUGAUAAUACCACCCAGCAGUGAGCUGCAGCCUUUCACUGGAGCCUCUGAGUCAAACACACUGCACAGAUAAUUGGCAUCCUAAUAGAGGAGCAACAGUAGGACACAGUGGUAGGUAAUUUUCAGAAGUGACUGCAGGAAUGUAUGACAUUGUUUAAUGAGCGCCAUGGCUCGGUUCAGCAGUAAGUUUGGAAGACAAGGGGGACGGCCCUGAUCCCCCCCGCCGUCUCUUCCCUCGAGAGAAGUGAAAAAACACGGUUUCAUUAGAGGAUCUUACCUCCAAAGCCUCAGCGUCUUUUUAAUUAAGGUGAGGAAUUCCUGCUCUCAGUGAAAAAAUAGCAAAACCUCAGAGGAUGGAUUCAGAACCUUGAAAGUCUGAAACACUUGGACAGCGGGCAUGCCCUGCUUUCUUUUACUUGAAUUGAUCUUUAAUGAACACUCAGAUUCACUGGAUUAUGUGACGCAUUUUCUUUUGAUUUUGGACAGUGAAAUCCAUUACUGCUAAAGGCAGGCAAAUCUGAAAAAAAAGGAUGUUAAAGGUCCAGACAGCAGCAGUUUUUUUCCUUUUUCAGAAUGAGAGUGAACAUUUUAAAAUACAAACAAAAAGUGGAAUAAGAGCUUGAAUCCAGCAGGCACCACCUCCUGUUUCCUCACCACGUCCUGGACUUUCCCUCAAUAGGCCUCUGUUCUACACUGUGCAUGUCUAAUGUGCUUUUAGUUGUCCAAACAGUCUUUUACUACCCCAUCUAAUGUUACACUUCUAAUGCUUUUCUAAUGGCUUCUUGUACUUAAUCCAUGAAAUCAGUGGAAAACAUCUUUGGAGAUUGUGUUACUGGAUUUGCAGCAGAGAUUUGCCAGCACAAACAGAUCAUCAUAUUUGUAAAGGGCUUUGAGAGUGUAGGUUAGAGCCUGAAUUUGGUUAGCAAGAGUUACUGUUUCUGGUGGAGGGGCCAGCAUCAGAACUCUAUCUGGAUUUAGAUGUUAUCAUUUACAUUUUGUGUUACAUUAAAUAUUAAUUAUAUAUCAGCCGCUGUGUGAGUCUUGCCUUUCUUUCCAAAGCGGACGUUAGUAAUAGUGCGGUUAUUCUCUUUGUCUCCUCUAGCUCUGCGGAGCCGUUCAGGGCGGUCCAUUAUUAAUGGAAACUGGGCUAUCGACCGACCAGGGAUGUAUGAGGGUGGAGGGACUAUGUUCACCUACAGAAGGCCAAAUGAAAUCCGCAGCACAGCAGGGGAAUCUUUUCUCGCUGAAGGCCCGACCAACGAGAUCCUGGAUGUUUAUGUGAGUAAGAAACAGACUAAGAGCUACAGGCCGAUACUGUUCAUGUUCAAGGUACUUCAGCCUUGAAUUGAGAGUUUUUCAAUAUCUGGUCAUAUUUCAUGAUUCAUUCACUUGUUCUUAGUGAUUUUGUCUCUAUCUUUGCUUGUUUUGUCCUGGAAUGUCCUUCACUUUGGAUUAAAGCGUCUCAUAAAUGACAUUGUAACAUGAGAAGUACUUCUGAUGACUUUUGCUGACUCACUUAUUUUACCUCAGAUGAUCUUCCAGCAGCCGAACCCUGGAGUUCACUAUGAAUACAUCCUUCCCUCUGUGACACCAGUCGGCCCUCAGCAGCCAAACUACGGACAUGAUGGUAAACGGCAGUCACAUCACACCUUCAACUCCUCAUACUAACAGCAAACAUACAACUGUCCGAACACAGGGAUGUGUAUUGAUCCUUACACAUGUGAUUCAUCCAACACAGUGACUUCUCAGUGACUCUAACCUCAUGUGUGCUCGUCCUAGGGAACACUGUGAAUGGUCAGGGUCGAUAUGACCAUCACCCAAACACCCACCAAGAUAACUUGACUCCAUCAGGUGGGGGGAGGCUUCCUCCUCAUCUCCCUGACAACCAGGUUCCUUUUGUACAGCCACCAAGACGUACCAGAGAGUACAACUGGAAGCCGGCUGGAUAUACAGAGUGCAGCGCCUCCUGUGGUAAAGGUCAGUCACAGUAUUUGUGAAAAUGUACCUUUUAUUUGCUGGAGGACUAGGUUAAAAAAUAAGUGUGCUUGAUAGUUUGUAUUAUUAAAAUUGCACAAAGCCCAAAGGACUUGAAAUGCAGAGUUACAUAAUAUUACAGUGAGAUUAACGUUGACUCUCUGGCCCCUCUUUCAUUUUCAAGUACACUCACAACAUGCAGCAUUCAGAGCUUAAAUUAAACAGCUGUUUUCUUGCUUUUGAAGGAUUCAGAUACACUAUCUUUCACUGUGUCUCUCGGCUGAACCACGCCCAGGUGUCUGACUCUCUGUGUGACAGCAGCAGCAAACCAUCUCCAGAGGAAGAGGCCUGCAACCUGCAGCCCUGCCCUGCAUUGUGAGAAACAUCCCAAAAAUAACACAUUCAGUGCUGUAAUUCAAUGAGGAUAACACCUUUCAACUUCUUUAGAACGUUCACAUACAGGAUAACACCGACUUAAUUAUCUGUCAUCCUUUUUCUGCAGUGUGUUUAUCAUAUUUUGGUCAAUAAAUUGAUUUCACAACAUGCCCAACCCACUAAGGCUCCAAAAUUGCUCUCAUAAAAUGUUACAUAAGUUGAACCUUUCACAGUCAGAAUCCCAGACAAGCUUGAAACAUAUCUUCUCCUGAGCAAAACUUAAACUGAGACGAUAAAGAAUACAAUUUUUUGUAAUUUAAUACAAAGGUUACAUAUCAUAUAGGCUGCCAAUGAUGCUUUUCUGACACUAAGCUCCUUUGAUUAUUCCCCCUGAGCAGCUGGGAUAUUGGAGAGUGGUCAGAGUGCAGUAAAACCUGCGGUCUAGGGAUGCAGCACCGGCAAGUCCUUUGCCGCCAGAUGUACGCCAACCGCACCCUCAACGUCCACACAAGCCGCUGCCGACACUUAGAGCGACCUGAGAUCACCAGUACAUGUCAGCUGAAGAUCUGCAGUGAGUGGCAGAUCCGCUCCGAGUGGACUCCGGUGAGAGACAGAUUAUAGAUGUAAUGAGACUGGGUUGAUCUGUUUGACUUGUCAGUUCACAUCUUUUGUGGGGUAUAACAUUGAAAAUAAAACAGGGUUCAAAGAAAAGUCUGCAUAUUUGGAUUCUCAUCUCAGACAUCAGUAAUCAUAAAAGUUCUUAUUUGUCAGUUUUUAUCUCUGACUUUAGGAUCAUGUGCCUGAACAAAUAGUUCAACAUUUUAGAGAAAACACCCGCCCAGCACUGUAGCCAGGAGACAGCUGAAAAAAUUUAGGAUAUCAAAACGCCAGUUCAUAUUUAACUGACUGAAAGCAGUGAGUUCAUUAAAAUUGGCCUACCUCAAACGUUAUUAGGAUCACUUUUAUGUAUGUAUUUACUUUUAUGUAUCAAAAUAAUCUUAAAUAUAAAACAAAUCAAUGGGAUUGAAGACACCCCCUUUUCUUUUAAUGACAGUACAGACAAUUUUGACCUUAUUCCAUCUGUGAAGUUCAAGGAAGAAGGAGUGACUAAUUAAAGCCGCUAUAAGGAGUUUAUAUUUAUAAGGAGGAUAUAAGGAGUAAAUAUUCACAGUGAGUGAUACAUUUGACAGCCACACUGAAGGAUGAAGAGGAUUGGUUAGACAUUCUACCUCAGCAUGUGUAGGACAACACCACUGAAGAGAUAGGAUGUACUUCAUUGCCCACAGGAGGGCGCCAAUGUCAACACAUAUGAAAUUUCCUCCAAGGAGCUUUAAAUAGCAAAAUAUUUCCUUUAGGACAAAGAAAAGACCAAAACAGCCAACAGAGAGUGACUGUUGACUUAAAAAAAAAAAAAGAAACCUAGUUUUAAAUUAAUUAAUCAUUAUUAUGUUGUGCUAUUUCACUACAAGCAUUACCUGAAGAAUAAAGUAGCACAGCUCUAAAUGAAAGUUCAAAAGCUGCUCACAAAUAAGUCAUUUUAUCAAAAUCUGAGGACAUAAAAGCUGUUUUUAUGUACACAGUUUAUAUCUUCUUCAAAAAGUAAACAUUAAAUCUUAAGAUGCAGGUUUAAAGAAACAACAUAUGAUGAGUUGAUCUGUAAACUCUGUUAUACAUAUUAAAGGGACAGAUAUGAAGAUUAUAAAGCAUCAGUCUGCGUAUCUUACAGGCAGAAUGAAAUUGUGCAGAGAGUCCUGUUGUGGACUCUGGAGGUUUUCAAGACUGAAGGACAGAAAAAUCUAGAAGAAAACAGCUUACCUGAAAACCCUCAAACAAAAAUAAGCUUUUGAUUUAAAAUAUUUUACAAUGGUGCACUUGCAAACAAAUCUUAAGACCACAUUGAUAGAAAAUGUAAAGAAUCGUUCAGUGUCCCCACUUCCACAGUUUUAACCAUGUGGCCUGUGUCUCUGCAGUGCUCUGUGCCAUGUGGGCUGGGUCAGAGGUCACGAGAGGUUCGCUGUGUCAGCAACGUGGGCGACUUUGUUCCUGAUGAGGAGUGCAACAUAAAUCUGCGGCCCAGCGAUGUGGAGAACUGUGACAUGGGAGCCUGUGCCAAGAGCUGGUUCUACACUGAGUGGGGUAACAGGGUAGGUGUUUGAGUUGAAGCUGCACAUAGUGACGACUAUUCAUGUUUGAUAACAGUGGCAGUCAUUGUAUAUGUCUAUCCGUGUGCAUCCAGAUGAUGUGUGGAUCGUUAACAUAGAUUUUGAUGCAGCCAGGAUGAGGUUUAGGUCUCCAUUUCAACUCAAAACAGUGCUCCAACACACCUGAUUCAAAUGAUGAGCUUGUUAUUAAGCCGUUCCAGAGUUUGAUAACGAGCUGAUCAUUUGAAUCAGGUGUGUUGGAGCAGGGAAACAUCCAAAACAUGCAGGACAGUGGGCCGCGAGGACUGGACUUGAGAACCACUGGGCUAAGCUAUGAACCAGAGAGCUAACAGUAUAGCAGCUAAAUUUGAAGGGUGCGACUCAGUAUAUUAGGGAUUUCAACAGAUGAUAAAGGUGCAUGAAAUACUUUGGCCAGCCUAACUCUAGUAUAUGAACUUCAUAAAAUCUGAAUGCAAGUGUUUACCUGUUCACUCCGCAGUGCUCAGCUGAAUGCGGGAUGGGCGUUCGAACGCGAGGAGUCCUCUGCCUGAAUAACCACAUCAGCAGCCUUCCUCUGGAGGGGUGCGGCAACGAGCGGCCCGCCGACUCUCAGGUCUGCAACAACGGCCCCUGUGAGAACCGCAUCGAGUGGUUCACAGGCCCCUGGAGCCAGGUAUGAGGAUGACUGAAGGUCAGGCAGAGCUUAUAGGGAGGCUGUCUGGAGUAGAUGAUUAUAUGGGAUUUAUCUUGAUUUUACAGCAGCGUGCAUUCCACCUGUCUCAGUUUUGCAUUAUUAAAUCCAUAUGUGUUGUUCCUGUCUGUGGCUCAGUGCUCUGCAGAGUGUGGUGCAGGCAGCCAGCAGAGAUCAGUAGUGUGCCUGAUGAAGUCUGAUGAAGGAUUCACCGUCAUGCCACCGUAUGAGUGCUCCUCCUUGGAUCGUCCCCUCAGCCAGCAGAGCUGCAACCUGAAGGCCUGUGGAGCAAAGUGGUAUCACACCGACUGGAGCGCCGUAAGAUAUAAAAACUCUUCUGCUUUCACUGUUCAGAAACACUCAAGCAAAAUCAGUUCUCUGCAACAUACCGAUUAAUAUUGGCCCACUAAACUGCUUGUCUAGGGACGACUCUCACAAUCCAAACAAGGAAGUGUAGUGUAUGUUGAGCCUGAGAAGUCAUAAAGAAUGAGUCUGACAGGUGUGAUUUAACUGGAAUGGUUGUAAUUGUGGUAGCAAAUAUGGUUAAAUGGAUCUUCUUCUUAUUGAGAGAAUACAUUUUUCAGGGCCUGUGAAGUGUCGGAUCAGAAUAACUAUGAGUGUUUGCACAAAUAAUGGGAAGAAAUGCCCGAUCAGAAUAAAAAUGUGUCAUGUAAACAUGUUGAUCAGAAGAUUCUGAUCCAAUUCAGCUCAAUCCAAAAGAAAUUGUAUUCCGAGAGGGGUGGCUUAUGCCGAUCGUUACUCCGAAACACGUCCAUCUAAACACUUAUUCUGAUCUUGAAUCUCUUACCUGACUCCAUCUUCACUCUUUAGCUUUGGUUUAUUUGUCGAGGCCAGUUCAGGAGAUUUCAUUAUUAACACUCCAGCAUAAAACACAACUGCAGGUACCGUGUCUGCUCCUCUGGUAACAUAACAAGGCGUACAUACAGCGUAAUGAUGUCACAUCUGCACACACAGUACAACCUUUGAUAGAACAGUAAAAUAAGUAUGCAAGGGCGCCAUCUAGUGACAAUAUUCAACAGGGGGAAAACUCCUGAAUUGGAUGGAGUGAGCCACUACCGGGUUUGUUGUUUCUUUCUUGUUUUAGUGAAAUCAGUCAACUCUGCACAUGUCCAAAUUCUCCUAAUCUGAAUAAAACUUGGUGCAUGUCAUGAUCGGGUUAUUUGAUUUUGCACCCAUAUAAACAGUGGAUUCAGAUUAUCCAGUCCCGCAUCAAGAAAUCAUGAAAUCUUCAUGUAAACAUGGCUACUGACAGAGUUUUACUGACCUGGAUCAGACUCUCAUCACUGACUCCUGUCCUUCCAGUGCUCAAAAACAUGCGAGAGAGGUUUCCGUGUGCGAGAGGUACGCUGCCUAUCUGAUGACAUGCUGUCCAGUGAGGGCUGCGACGAGAGGCUGAAACCAGCAGAGAAGGAAGACUGCAACCCAGAGCCCUGCAUACCACGCAUAGGUCAGUCUUCUCCUAACAUCCUCUCUGGAAAAUGUCUGAGUUUUUCUUUUUCAGUCCAGUCAAGAAAGAGAAAUGAAGGGACUGACAGAUAGACAGAAAGGCAUGAACGAAAAGAGCAGAAAUUUCACUGGUAAUAACAGAAGACUAAUAUAGGUCCAAAUCAUUGGAUAAGACAAGAGGGCACAAAAACUCUGGGGGAAAUAUAAAGUUAGUCAUAUGGAUGCAAAUGCAUACAGAGAGAGAGAAGACAGGACCUCAGUGCACCAAGUCUGAGCCUCAAGGCAAGCAGGGCGUCUGCUGUCAGAACCCAGCGGUAGAUAACUCCAAAAGAGAAGACCCUGAUAAGUGAAGGCUUUUCUACUUUUGAAAACUUUAUGGGCUACAAGCAAAAGUGCAAUUUUCCAAAUGGGUAACAGAGAACUGAGAACUCUUUAAGAUAUGAGGACUGACUCUCUGCUAGCCUGGCUGCAGGGACCAAAGUCCUGCUGGGCAGCUCUUUGCAUGAGGGGUAAAGGGAGAACUUUUUUUCUCAGUGAAACAGAAAUUUUACCUUGAGGAAGCUAUUGGACUUCAAACUUUGUUCUUCAGUAGUAGGCCAUGCAGCAUUUCAGAGUUUUAAAUGCUUAAAAGUAGAAAAAGUAAAAGCUUUGCACAGCAGAGGAAAAGAGUGAGAUUUUUAAAAAAGGCAAAAUACAAUAUGUGGAGUUAUGUUUGUGUCUUAAACUGUUUCUCCAAAGUUUAAGAUCUUCCUUUAUUUUUCCUGUCAGAUGAGAACUGCAGAGACAAAUACUUCAACUGCAAUGUGGUGGUCCAGGCCCGCCUCUGUGUGUACGAUUACUACAAGACCACAUGCUGCGCCUCGUGUUCUCGAGUGGCCCACAGACAGUCCUCCAGGCGAGUCGGCAGAUAACACCCAAAGCUCCACGUUGAGAUGGACUGAGUACCUGCUGCAGGCAGUCUUCCUCCUUGGACCUGCAGGGAGGGUGGAUCAGCAGGACCUUGGCAUGAACGCGCACUUGCUGUGAUUGCCAAGGAUGGAAAAUGAAGAAGAGACUAUUCUGUUGAUUCAUUUGGAGACAGCUUAUGGACAAGGAAAUCCUCUCACUGGGGAUAAAACGGAGCUCUAGUUUGAUGAGAGAUGUCAGGAGUAAAAACUGUCACACCAACAGAACAGAAAACUGGAUUUCCAACCAAGAUUUCACAAUAAGAAUUCACCUUAUUUCCAUGAAGGGCAGUUUACAGCCAUCUACAGCCAACGAUGGCUUAUGUGGAGCACACAAGAUGAAGAGGAGAGCGCCUUAAACUUUUGAAGGUGGACUGUAUUUAGAAAGUAUUUGAUUGAUUGUGGCCUUUUUCACUCAUGCUCAGAUGUUUGGCAAUAUUCAUACCAUUACUCACUUACUUUAAACCACUGACACACUUUUUUUUGACCAAAGAUGUAAGCCCUGAAGCGGAGGACGAGUUGAAUUUCUGGAAACAGUGUACAUCAAACCACAGAUGGUGCUAAUGUUACAUUUUUACUAGUGCAUUGAAUUAGUAGGAAAAAGAGAAUCUCUGAGUUUCAUUUUUCGAGCUGCAGAUCUGGUUUGUAAAAUUCCAUCAUGCACAGCAACAAGGUUUAAGUGUGACCCUUGUAAUAACUGUACUGUAUAUAUAUAUGUCUGUAUGACUGAGUGAAUGAUAAAGAUCUUUUUUAAGGCUUUUCAGACAGUCCUCCCAUAACUGAAGAGAAAAAAACUCCUCUUUAUUUAUUUAUGUGGCCCCCCAGGGAGGACGCUGGUUUAUCGGCCUCCGGUGGCCCCUGUCUGUCUGGUUGUGGGGGUAAAACCUUCGCUGGGUCUCCACCAAUCACAGCCUAUGAACUGACUGCAGGCAUUCCUCAGCGUACUGGAUGGUAGAAGCAGAUGGUGAAAAAACACUCACAUAUUUUUAGAGACAUGAAACAAACUGCAUUUAAAAUGAUGCUCUGUGGGAGAUGAUCAUUCCACAGCUCUACGACCCCCUGAUAGAUCACCAAUCAUUUAAAGCAUUGAAUUAUUCAUAUUGUUAAUAUCUGAUUGUAAAAAUGAAUCAUGACAGUAUUUUUUAAUUAUUUAUCUGGUACGGUUUGAACGAGGAUUUGUUUUAGCAAAGUGGAAGCAGCCCUUUUUUCACCAUGUAAUCUUUCAUUUUUAUACAAAACCUACACACUGUACCUCUCAAGUGUUUCAUUAUUUUUGUAUAACAUGUUAUCAGUUCCUUCCACGCACAAUAAACUUACCUCUGAUUUGUAAGUGCUGUUCGUAAAAAUGUUUGAUUUCCAGAUGACUGCACUAUGCAUUCAAGUCCGUUGUUUUAAGUUAAAAUAAAUAUUAGAUUGGGAUCUGAA